AUCUGGCGACAAUUAUUUCCUACAUUCUCCUUCCAUUGUUGAAUUCAUUUUAUCGUCUACUAAUACUAUCCUUUGCGAAAAUGGCAUCAGUUACCGGCGUGAUAUCUCGCUUCCUGGAGGAAUACUCUGUCAAGACUCCCCAGCGGCUGAAGAUCAUCGAUGCUUACCUUACGUACAUCAUAGUGACGGGAAUUGUCCAAUUUCUCUAUUGCUGUUUAGUGGGUACCUUUCCAUUCAACUCGUUCCUGUCAGGCUUCAUCUCGUGUGUCGGAUCAUUUGUACUAGCAGUAUGUCUUCGCGUCCAGUCCAACCCCGCCAACAAGGAGCAAUUCACGGGCAUCUCUGCGCAGCGCGCUUUCGGUGACUUCAUUUUCGCUCACUGUGUCCUUCAUCUUGUUACCAUGAACUUCUUGGGUUAAGCUAUGAUUUAUCUACACGACUGUUUUAGCUGUUUAAUUUCAUAAAGGAGUUCUAUUUCAUGUUCUUGUGCAUUGACACAAAUCUGCUUCAUAACACAAUACAAUAGACAACCAUUUUACGACAUAAUUUUAUCGUGAGGAUAAUGACCCGCAACCUAGA